GCCACUCCCCGUCUGCUGGCUCAGAUUUUUACGUCUCCUCCUCGCACCCAUCCGGCAGACUGCCCACGAUGUCUAGCGGCGCGCACUACGAGGAGCCCGAGCAGGACGACACCGGGUCCUCGACACCAGGCUCGACCCCUACGGGCGUCCGCGGCCCGCUCUAUCGCAGCGUGAGCCAUAGCUCCCAUUGGUCCAUCCCGGAGACCCCAGUGCACCACCUCCAGGGCACGUCGUACUUCACCCAGCGUCCAUCUUCACCGACCCCGCGUCGCGUGCACACGGCUAACACGGGCAGGAACGUAUCGAUCACGAGCUCCACACGACGGCGGGUGACGAGGAGUACGAGUGUCGCUUCCCGAGCUACCGCCAAGGAUCUACAGGAGGACGAUGAAGAAGAGGGUGAGGGUGAGGAUAAUGAAGACUCAGGCGACACUCCUCCAGCAGGUGGGGAAGGGGACGGCGAGAACGACGACGAGGGGUCUGUUCGAGAAGAGGACCCCAUUACGCUAAGGGACCGUCAGUCACUCAUCAACGUCGAACAUCCGUUCGGUCUGCCCAUAUGGAAGCCCGCGCUCUACAAGAAGUCCCGCUCAGUGACGCGUUAUGCCGACCAAGCGCUACACUCAGUCCCGUCUGCGCAGGCCGAGCGUCAUCUCCUCCCAGGCAACAUCUUCUGGUUAGUGGCGUUCGGGUGGUGGCUGGCCGUUGUCUGCUUUAUCGUCUCGGCGGUGCUGUUCUUCAUUCCCAAGGGUGGGCGGCUAUAUUCCACCCUCGUGUUUGGCCUGGGGUGGUAUAUCGCAUGGCCGUUCGGCAAGUACGUCGAGGGCGAACUCGGCGCGCUCUCAGAUGACGAAGAACAAGGCAAUCACUCGCCCGAGGUCAGGGACUACGGUGUGGACGAGAACGGUGCGGGCUCAUCUACUGCCCCCGUCUCCCCAUCUGCGUACUCGACGAUCACACCCCGGACCGCCAUCCCUCAGGAGGGUAGCACUGUAUCCUGGUUGAGCGUCCCAAACCCCGCCAGCGCGACCACACCAUUAAUUGGAGGUGCGAACGCGAAUGGUCACCCAACAGCUCCGGCGCCCGCGAAGUCAUACGGCGCAACAGCCUCUUCCUCGACGCUAUACUCCAUCGGUAUGUCGAAGGAAAACCAGACGGCCGACUGGCUUGGCAAAGUUUGCUUCUGGCUUGCCUUUGCCUCUAUCAUCGCUCCUCUUAUGCUUGUGGUAUCUCUCAUAUGCUGGUUCCUCAUCUUCACUAUCCCCAUGGCUAGACUCAACUGGGCCCUCAUCAAGCAUCUCUUUGAGCAUCCCACCUCUAUCCGGUUCUGCGCAGCUCCAGUUGUUGCGGUUCCAAGCCCGAGCGGAGAAGUUGAAGAGGGCGAGGAAGGUGAAGAGCAGCCGGAGCCUCCGGUUGCGUUCAAACACGCGAGGCUCUCAGCGGGUCAGGCUGCUCCUUCCGGGUCGCCUACAUCCACCGUACUUCUUUGCACGUACCGCGCUUGGGGAUGGAAGUACUACAAGUACACCGUCGGGGGUGUCAACAUCAUCUUCGUCAACUUGCUUCCGAUCGUCUUCUUCGUAAUCCUAGACGGCAUGGUGCUCUUGCCAAUGGUAGAACGUCGAGAGCACGCAGGCCACCACAUCCCCGCGUUUCUCGCUUUCAUUACGUCGCGCCCGCUCAUAUUCGUCAUGGCCCUUGCGAGCGUCAUCCCGCUCUCGUACUUCAUUGGCAUGGCCGUGGCCUCCAUAUCCGCUCAAUCCUCGAUCGGCAUGGGUGCAGUGAUCAACGCGACGUUCGGUUCCAUCAUUGAAAUCAUCCUCUACGGUAUCGCGCUGACCCAGGGCAAGGGCCACCUUGUCGAGGGCUCCAUCGUGGGCAGUCUGCUCGCGGGUGUGUUGCUGAUGCCGGGCAUGAGUAUGGUCAGCGGCGCGUUGCGGAAGAAGGAGUACAAGUUCAACGCGAAGAGCGCGGGAGUCACCAGUAUGCUGCUGAUCAUGGCCUUCAUUGGCACCAUUGCGCCUACACUCUUCUACCAGACUUACGGAAGCUUCGAACUCAUCUGCGAUGGAUGCCCCGACGACUUGGAUGGCUCGUCGUCUCUGACUAGACCUUGGAUCUGCCAGCAUUGCUACUACAAGCAUCCUGACCCCGUCGACGAUCCUUUCUAUCAGUCAACCGUCAAGAGCAUGAUGUACCUGUGUGCAUUCAUCCUGUUGUUUUCGUACCUGAUCGGUCUUUGGUUCUCCCUGCGCACGCACGCGAGCCAAAUCUGGCAGAACCCCCAGCAACUCCUGCACCCGAUGGAGAUCAAUGGCGCCCCGCUCCCCGGACAAUCGCGGAUGUCUAUCUACCACCGGCUCAUCCCCGGCCAGAGCAAGGGCAGCCUGCACCGCAAGCCGAGCAUCAUCACGCAGCACACCGAGAGCGGUGCGCCCUCGCGCAGCGAAACCCCCGUCCCGCGCGUCGUCGAGCACGCCCCCGAUGCGCCCCCAACCCCGUCGUCCGCCGUGCAUCCGUCUGUCCCCACGCCCCUCGCGCAGCCGGGGAUGCAGCGCCGCAUCUCGUACGCGGUCCCCCCGGUGAUCAACACGCAGGGCUUCUCGCCGAUCAUGGAGAGCGUCGACCACGCGAUGAAGGACACAGGCAUCCAGCCGUCGCACCUCCCGGGCAACAUCACGACAGACGAGUUCACGCGUGCGGUCGCGGUUGCGACCGUCAGCGCGUUGCGGCACCAGCAGGCGCGGUCGCCUGCGAGGGCGCGUGCUUCGGGCCAUGAGAUGGACGACGGCGGUGGACAUGGCGGACACGACGCGCCGUCGUGGAGCAGGACGACGAGUGCGAGCGUGUUGCUUGCGUGCACGGCGCUGUAUGCGAUCAUUGCUGAGGUCCUCGUUGACGUCGUCGACGUUGUGUUGGAAGGAUCCGGCAUCGACGAGAAGUUCCUCGGUGUCACCCUGUUCGCCCUCGUCCCGAACACCACUGAGUUCAUGAACGCCAUCUCGUUUGCCCUGAACGGCAACAUCGCGCUCAGUAUGGAAAUCGGCUCUGCAUACGCGCUCCAAGUGUGUCUGCUGCAGAUUCCCGCGAUGGUCGCCUUCUCGGCCUGGUACGCCCCAGAGCGGAUGGGCUCCGUUGCCGAGACGUUCACGCUAAUCUUCCCCCGCUGGGACAUCGUCGCGAUCAUCCUCUCCGUCUUCCUCAUGACGUACACGUACAUCGAGGCCAAGAGCAACUACCACCGCGGCAGCAUCCUCAUCCUCAGCUACGUGGUGCUCGUGUCGGGCUUCUACUACGCGCCGAACCGCGCCGACGAGGACGAGAUCGAAGUCUUCCUCCGCCCGCUGCAGCAGGCGUUCACUGGCGCCGUCUCCCUCUUCACCACCCACUGAAUGCGCCCCCACAUUCUUGAUACCACGAAGUAGCAUGCUCACGGACGGGUAGUACAUACCUUGCAGCAUGACUUCUUACCUCCACCUCUUUUCCCCACGCGAUUCUUGUCGUCUCUCGUUCUGACUGUAAUCCCCAACCCACCUCCCCUUCUAUGACUACUACGACCGUCCCCAGUCUUUC